CGAACCCGCGCGCUCACGGCCGACGAUCGCCCGUCAACCUUUGACGCCUCUCGCGCACAUUGCUGCGACGUCGCGUGUCUUUUUUUUGUUUUGACGUGUUGAGAAUUUCUCUCUCUCUCUCUCUCUCUCUCUUUUUUUUUUCUUUCUCGAAUCGCCAUCAUUUGAAUUAAAUUGACAAAGUGACAGUCUUAUCGAACUACGCUCAGCGGAUCAUCGAAACGCUUUGAAUUCGCUGGGAUGGGUGAAAAUCAACGAUGAAGCGAUAAACUCUCUUGUACGGACGAAAAGUGAUACAUUCGUGCCGUGGGGUGGACGGACGACGCAGCAGAACACAGGCACAGUUUUCGGGAGCACAGCGGAAUACGGACUCGCGGCCGAGGUCGGGAGGGAUUAAUCCGCCGCGAUGUCAACAUCGUGCGACGCCCGCCGCGGUGCGCGGAGUCGCGAUCCAGCGAUCCGAUCCAGUGACGUCGUGCCGCGACACAGCGCCGGUGAAUGAGGACGCGAGGGACGCACGGCGGCGGCCUUGAGGCAGGCUUGAACGGGCGAGCCGGAAAAAUAUGGUGCACGAGGGCACAGGUCUAUGGCACGCGGCGGGAUUCAACGCAUCGAGGUGGCUGAUGAUCAUAAUACACGGAUACCGAGCCACCACCCUCAUCCUGUAUAUCCUGCUCAACGUGCUGGUGCGCACCGAGUAUCCGGCGGCGGUGACGGCAGAAAUAGUCGAUAUGAACGUGAACUCACUGGACGGCACGACGGGGAAACCGUUGGAUGUGGACUUGCCGCCAACUCUGCCGAUGACCUUCGGCACGGACAAUUCAACAACAGUUUCAGCGCAAUCAGGAUCCACUGCCCUGAUGCCUUGCGUUGUUCACAAUCUAGGAGAGGGCACGGUGUCGUGGAUCAAGCGGAAAAACGUACAAGAGUUACUGACCGUAGGACUGACGACGUACGCCAACGACGAGCGGUUUCAGGCAGUUCAUUUCCACCACAGUGAGGACUGGACUCUUCAAAUAAAAUACGUCCAACCGAGGGAUGCUGGAACGUACGAGUGCCAAGUGUCCACUCAUCCGCCCACGAGUAUAUUUCUAUCCCUUGAGGUUGUCGAGGCUAGAGCGGAGAUAGCCGGCCCGGCGGAGAAAUUCGUGAGGCCCGGAAGCACGCUGCAGCUCCACUGUCUGGUGAAGAAGUCCACGGAGGUGCCGUCGUAUCUCUUCUGGUACCACAACUUCCGUAUGAUCAACUACGACGUCGAUCAGGGCGUGAAUGUCAGCACCGACCUCGCCAAUCGGGAGAGCUGGUUGGAGGUGCCGAGGGCGUCGGACCGCCACUCGGGCAAUUACACCUGUAAGGCCAGCAACGCCCAGCCGGCGCGCGUCCUAGUGCACAUCUUCAAAGGCGACAAUCCGGCGGCCAUGCAGCACAGCAUGGCGUCGUCACCGUCAAUGAUGGCCUGCACGGCGCUGCUCACCAUGUUCGUCACGCUCAAGCUUGCGCUGCAGACAAACUGGGGCUUGUGACGUGCGUGAGUGUAAAACUUUGCAAAAGUUGCGGAGGUAUGUUAGCGAAAUUGUGUAAUAUUGUCGUUUGUCGUGUCGCGUGACCCACGUCGCGGAUCGUGCUGUGAAAGUGCGCUAAUUUGACCGCCGAAGUUGUAGAAACGUAGCGAUACAGUCAUGGUGGUUUCAGUUGAAGGGAAGACCCAUUGCUGUUAUUGGACCGAUAGCGUCGCAACUCUCUCUCUCUCUCUCUCUUUCUCUCUCUCUCUCUCUUCUCUCUCUCUCUCUCUCUCUCUCUCUCUCUCUCUCUCUGAGCUGAGCUGUAAGAUUGGCUGUGAUUGAUUACUAUCCAUUCGAACGAUCAGCCCUUACUCGAUGCCGAGUAAAAUAGCAUCGGAGGACCAGCUGUGAUUAUUUGCGCCAUCGAGCGACCAUUUAAUCCAUUCUACGCGCGUUUAAUUGCUGUUCAACGAGAGAAACACGUUACAAUAUAGUAUGCUAAUGCGAAACAGGAUAAUGCCAUUACUGCGAGAUUAGUUAUGACCAAUCAGUAUUCAAUCGUCUGCGAACUGAUGAAAAGUUUCUAAUCGGGAAACGUUGCUUGCAACGGAGAACAAGAGUGUAAUAGCUCGUAUAUUCGUAUGUACUCGGGCGGUCAUCUGUCGGACCAAAAAACUUGGAUACCAGCCUGGAAUAAAGUGCCAUCAUAACUUCCAGAUGAGUCGCACUAUAUCAUGCAUUCUUCUAUCGAUCGAUCGCUUUACAUUCCGUGUCACAUGUUGGAGCGAGAAAUAUUAGGUCGUAAUGCAGAGGUAGAUGCUAUCGGGAAUGCUGGAUUAACUCUCGCUAGAUCAUGUUCACGAUCGAUCGUCUACGACUCGCAUGCUUAAUGGAAAAAAGGGAAGAAUGGCGCUGCGAACGAAGACAGGCUCAUCAAUCCGCAAACUGAUACGGGGAGUUCGACGCCCCAUAUGACUUCGAUGCAACUCCAAUAAGCUGGGACUUGUAUGGACGUGAAUGUGAAACGUACGAGAGAGUUGUUAGAGAGAAACUCUGUAUGUGAUUUAUCCAUGCUCACAUUUUGUCGGACAAUGUGACGCAUAUGUAAUUAAGCGUUAAGUUUAAGUAGAAAAAGCAUACGCGCGCGCGUGACAGACACUUCAUUGAGUGAUAAGAUACUCGUCCUACUUGUAGUGCGCGUGAAAGUAAGAUUGAUAACGCGGAUUGAUAACGGACUAUUUGCGGUGCAUCAAAUUACGAUGCGUGAGCAUCAACAGUAGCUUCGACAGUACAUUACACAGAAGCAAUGAUGAUGAUGCAUUCGCAUUUACAGUACGCCAUCGCUAAUCGCACGAUGCCGCUGCCGCUUCGACCUGAAAUACGCAGUAAACACGUUGUGGAAGAAACAUGACUCUGAGAAGUUACGAAAGUCUUAACGUCUUUUCUCGCGUGCGGCCUAAGAUACUGGCAGGACUUUAACGAGGGUUAACAAGGGUUGGUGUGCAAUAUUAUCUUUCUCCUAAUACUGUGAGUAACAGUUUGACAGGUAGUGAACGCAGGUGAAAGUACUCUCGAGACUAAACACACAAACUGAGUUUGCUAUUGUGUGCUCUGUAAAACGACGCUCGCAAGCGGCGCGCUCAGACAAGCGAAUAUUUAUUACAUUAUAAAAUGCGAAACUAUCGUGCCAACUUCUUUUAUAAUUAAAAGUUCACAGAAAGUCAGUUUAAGAGAACUCGAAGCUUGAACCGCUCGCAUCGAUAAGUAAAACAUAUUUGUGUUUGUGGAAAAAAUGUAUUUGUUUGUAUAUAAUGAUUAAUCAAAUUUAAUAAUUUUUUUAAACGUUAUUAAGAUUUUUGCAAAAUUCUUAUUCUUCAGUUACGGUAUUGUCAACAUUGACGUAAAUUCUUCUAUCAAAAUUUACGAGCAUAAUAAAUCAUUGAUUUGAAAUAAAUAUUGAGUUAAAUAUAUGAGUUUGACAUAUAUAAGUUACAUUCCAAGUGUUACGUCAUAUUUUAACAUUUGUGGAAUAUAAUUUACUCAUUAUUUAUGAAUUUAAAUAUUUUGUUAAACUUAUUGUUGAAUAGAUUUUUAUUGGAAAAGAAUUAAAAUAUUUGCAAUACGUAAAUGUGCGUGCAAAAACAAAACACAAAUUUAAUUAACUCGCGUCUUCCUGGCGUCGAGGACGAUACGUUCGGCUUAAAUAACGUUAUACGUAAUUAAUGGCGAUAAUAAGUACAGCACAAAUCUCUCACAUUGUUCAUUUCACCCUCGACUUGAAACAUUAGGCGCGAUGUUCGCACAAUAUCUUACCUUUCGCUCAAUCCUCGAAAAACGGUGACAAUAUUCCUUUUUCGAGCACACAAAAGAACUCUUCGAUCAAAUCGACGAGUAUAAGUCGCACGUACUUUCAAGCGAGCUAUCCGAUGUGAUCGAUGUGAUCGAUGCUUCACGCAAAAGUACGAUGCGCGCACUUUCUCGAUAAUAAAAUGAUAAUUAUUUGAUCAAUCUACGAUAAAUACCGAUGAAUAACGAUAUUUUCGCGUUGCUGCACUGCCAGUUCGUCGGCGUAACUUUUCGCAAUGCCUACGACCUUGUACGACCCGGAAUUGCUAACCUUGCACGCACUUCCGAUUGAAAGUGCAAGCGCUGGCUGCCGAUAAUCCUUCCGCGCGAAAACUGACACUGACAAAUUACGGAGUUUAGAACUUGUUAAUCUUGAUUAUCACCCUCGUCACACCGCCGUCGCACUGAAGAGCGCGAUGAAAAAUUAUCGGUGCAAACGGCCGUGCAAACGGACGAGCGAAGCCCGGAAAAGUUGCAAAGUAUAUAUGUGCGUGUUUUUGAAAGUUUGUUCUAAAGCUGACGGUAAACUGUAGACUGCUGGAAUCACUGAAUUUAAUGCACAGCCUUUGCUCGGAAGUUGGCGCAGCGCGAGCGAACUUGAGCCGACUCUCGCUGAAGAGAAAGAAUUAAUUAACUGACUUUACAAACUGACUUUUCCCGGUGUUGCGUGUUUUAGAAAUACAUUCGAGUUUGUUGUCAGGAAUCUAAAGAACAGUAAUAGAUUUUGGAUCUUUAAUCAUUUUUUUGUCGAACAGUAGUUGCUUCACGUUUCGCGCAGGAAUAAUUGAAUAAUUCCUUUAUCACGAAUUGCGUUUAAAUGUUCUCAAGACAAAAUGGCGCUCGCAAAAAAUUCACCUAUUGAAAAAAAAAACAGAUUAAUUUUAUUUCUCACAAAAUUGCAGAAAACUAUCAAUCAUACAUAAAUAAAUUAUAAAAUUAUCACAAAAUUCUUAGAAAUUCUUCAAAAAAUAAUUUAUCAACUAUAUUAAAAGAAACACAUAAUGCAAGAUCGCAUUAUGAUCAUUAGACAGGUUUUGUUUCAAUCGAUCUUAUUGCAAGAUAACAAUGGACCUUGGGAGUCAACAAUCAAUAUUUAUAAGAAAUAUUCAUGUGGAAGGAAUGUCUAAUUUCCAACAGCUUGGCAAUUUCCAUCAAUCGGACUCAACUCGAGUGAAUUCAAACCACAUCUGAAUGUAAGCGAAGCACACGCACAGAAUAAUCUUGUAUAUUCGGUCUACGUAGCCGGUGCACAUAAUUAAUCGCGAUAAUCCUGGCGUGAUGCAGCGCAGCCUAACGAUAUUAUCCUACGUCGCUGCGCCGCUGACCUUGUUUAUAACAUCGAAAUUAGUUAUACCCAACGUUCACGAGAGAUCAUGUAUCGGGCUAUGAGUUGCAAGGAACAUUUCCCAACGGAUUUCAGCGGAUCGUCGCGCAUGAGACGCGUCGCUCGCGUUUAACCUUGGAGCGUCGCGCUGGGAAUAGAAACAGGUGGCAGCAGGAUUUUGUACUAAUAAAUGGCACCGGAAAAAAAAGAAGAAGAAGAAGAAAAACAACAUGUCUUGCCGUGUGAGUUUUAUAUCCGGUGCGUAUUAGUUGUUACGCGCGCGACGCCCCGGUUGCGAUUUCCGCGCUCGUCGUUUUUUUCUCCCGCCCGCGCGCUUCCGCCCCCGUCCCGCGUAUAUCAGUGGUGAAAUAUCGUGGAAAAUAUGUCGCGCUGGAUUUAUUCGCUGUCGAAGCAGCAGGCUGACGCGAUCAUGCCCCGUUGUCCGUUUUUUGAUGAUUGCUACCUUUUUUUUGUGUUUUGCCGAGAAGCAAAAUCCGCACUAGAUCGCUUCGAUCUACUAGACCUGUUUCGCGAAAUAAAAGUGGCGGUUGUACCGCUGUCCGUUCACGAUGAUUGAUACUUUUUUGGCAUUUUGCUGAGAAACAAAAUCCCUGUUGUACCAUUUCGAUCUAGUGAACCCGUGUCACUAGAUAAAAAUGGCAUAGCGCUGGUCGUUUCGAAGGGUUUACCUUUUAUAACUCAUGAACCUUUCUGAAUGACCGGUUCAAUCAAGUGAGUGAUCAAAACGCAUCACAAAUAAUCACCAGAGAAAGGAAUUUAUGAUAGCCGUAAAUUGUUCUAUCUUUCAGCAAGCGCGAAAAGCGGAGAAGGGCGGUGUGUCCGGCAGUGCUGCGAGUUUAAAUACUUGUUUCAUUUACCUCUGUCCUCCAUUAAUUCAUUAUUACUGCAAUAGGCGUCCCCAGAGGCCAUAUAUCGUACAUAUUUUCGACGGGAAUAAUCCCUCGCACUGCGAAUGGCACUCAACGAACGUACCAUUCAGCGCCGUUGAAUGAAGAGUUCUCGCUGAUGUGUGAAAAUCCGCGCAGUGGCUUCUCCCGUAGAUUAAGGGACACGUGUUAAUGACUGGACAAUGCUAACGGAAAAAGAUCGAUCGCUCGACGAGCGAUUUCAAGUAACUCUAAACGAUAAUAUCUCUGUAACUACGUCGUCUGGAAUAUUGUUUAAUCAUUAAGCGUAUAAUAAAUGGU